UAUUGUUUGAGGGAAUGACAAACCAUGACGGGUGUUCUGUGAAUCUCUAGUCGUUUUGUUUGGUAUUUUCUUGCGGUUAUGCCUACAGAUCAGGUCUACCGUAAGUCAGGAAGCCCUCAGGCUUCUACCGAAGUCUCUUCUUUGCAACUCAAUCGGACUAAAAACAAAGAAGCUCUCGAAAAAAGUCUUAAAUCCAGACGUUCGGUAAAGGAGUUAGUCAAUCAGGGGAUAUUGUUAAAUCCUUCAAUUUCCCAUCCUGACAAAGUUCGGCAGUUACAAAGAGCCAAGACCAGCGAUUUGUUAAAAAGAAAAAUUGAACAAAGACCAGAUAGGCAGUACCUUAUCAGUCAUCAUAUUUUACGAGAUGAUAAACCGGGCACUUCACCUUUCAUACUUGAACAGUGUCACAAUUUAGAGAAGUCACAGUUGAAGGAAACACUCGCUACCAAGCUAAUCUCCCGACCUGGUUCUUUGGAGCUGGUUGAAAAAGGUGUUCUCCAGGUGGACCCUGGAGUUGACUCACUUAUCAGACAAGGUUCUAUUCAAUAUCCUAGAGUGGAGCCAACUUUUUCAGAUAGGAUUUCAAGUGAUCGACUACAACCUAUUCAAGAAUUAACUAAUAUACCACCACCACCUCCACUUUCACUGAGUACAAAGGUGCAUAAUAAUUCUGGUCGCGUUGCUUCUGGGCGAAGUCGUCUGAACAGUUCAAGCAAGUCAUCCAGUAGUCGGGCGAUUCGGGAUGACACAGUUGUUUCCAAACUAGGAUCAUUAGUCUUUCAUCAGUACUGUCCGGACUCUUCGAGUUCAUCUUCUCCUAGCCUCUCAAAUGUCUCGUCAUUUCAGCAGAAACAAAGAGUUCGGGAAUUACAACAGGCUGAAAUGUUACGUCUGCAGGAUACUGCGCGUGCUCAUCGGUUGGUUGAACAAGAACUGUGUCAGCGCGUGGGUAUAGCAUGCGAGAAACCACCACCAAAAGACGAUGUUUCUGUAGAUUUCACAUCGGAUGUAUCCCUCGAUGAUCAAACAGAUAGUCAACCAGCACUUCCCUAUAAAUCAAACUUGAUAUCAAUGCAAGUUGCUCAACCUGUUUCAAAUGGCUUGCGGACUAACACAUCAAAAGUUCCAUCAUUCGAUUUAAAUUUCAGCUCACCAAGUUUGACUCACCUUACACUUGCUCAACUUAAAGGUGAGUGCAAGGAGAGGAAUCUACCUCGUGUUGGUUCUAAAAUGCAGUUAAUGCGGUUGUUAAAUCCUUAUCGCCAUGAAAUCUUAGCAAAAUAUUUUCCUGAUUACGUUGUGCCAAACGAUGAAGAAAUCAAAACGGAUUUAAAUGAGUCCUGUCAACCAUCGAGUCAUCAUGAUAUCAUACAAACAAAAGCCUUCUUUCAAAAUCCAGAUUCUUGCCUUCAACAGGAAUUAGGCCUACAACAAACACUUAUGGUAAAUCAUGAGCAACAACUGAUGCGUGUCAAUUUCCAAGAUUUCGAGUCAUCACUGCUACCGCACACUAAACCUUUAGGCAUGUGCACUUCAGUAUUUUCCUCCGGAUCAAAUUUGCCAAAAGAUGUACAAGUAUAUUCUGAUAUGGUUAUCGGGACAAAUUGCUCUAAUGUGUUAAUUGCUCAACCUUGUGUUCCUUUAAGACAUUCUGUUUCUGCACCAUUUUUUUCAGAAGUUGCAUCUAAUUCAUCCUCAACUCAUACAACUCACUUCCAAAUUCCUUCUACGCAAGCUACAACUCUUAUACCGGUUACUUUUCUCGACAGUUCAGUGAGUGAAUCAGAUCGAGAUGCUCAAAUUCCAGUCUCAUCAGUUGGUGGAUUACAGCUUGCUGGAACAACAGCGAAACAAUCAUUUGUAUGCAUGACUCCGAAUUCCUACCUUGAUGCUCAAGUGUCUAAUGCUGAAUUCUGUUCGAACAGUGGAAAUUCCUUGUUUCAUCCAUUGGUAGUGACUAGCCAUGUAUACGAAUCAAACUAUGUAACAUCAAAUCAAAAUUUCCCAAUGUCCAAUUCUAUCGAUAGUUGUUUAUCAUCCUGUAAUAAUGAAACACGCAAUGCGCAUGUCAUUCCUGCACAGAGUUCCUCUGACAACCAAACCCCCGUGUAUUCACAGUUAAAUGCUUCUGGUUCUCCACAGUUAACAACACUUCAUCAAAUUGAAGAGAUGUGGUUAAGAAUUCGACAGCUAAGACGGAAUAUCGCACAGCUGAAAACCUCCCAGGGUGUAUUGAAUGAUACUGAGAAUUCUUCAAAUUCAGGAAAUCUGGCACAUUUACAGCAGGAACACAAUCGUUUAGCUGUACUCUGUCGUCUACUGAUCAUUGAGCGUCUUGACACCUUGGAUGAAAUCAAUGCUGAUGAUUCCAAGAAUUCUCACGAAUCAAACAGUUCAGAUUUUAAAAUUGAAAGAGACUUGCUAAAUUCGUAUCUAAGACGCCUUGGUGGUUCAACUUUGGCAAACAGUAUAUCCUCAUCAAAUACAGAAUCUGCAUCUUUCAAUACAAGUUCAUCGUUACCUGUAAAAUCGAUCUCCAAUACACCUUGUUAUGUUCCAUCUACUACUACUACUACUACGCUACCCAUGCAACAACAACAACAGCAACAACAUUCAACUGUUGGUCACUCGGAUUCUUAUCCAAUGACACCUGAAUCAAGGUAUGAUGACCACGGAAACAAUGAACUUGCCAAAGUUACCGCCUGUAAUGAUUUUAAUGAGAAUAAUGGUGAAGGUAUAAAUUCAGAUCAUACGGAAAUAUUGUUCAACUGUGGUCAAUUGAACGCCGGGAAACAAAACUCUUCAGAUUCUCAAAGUUCUCCUGUUUCUCGUCUUUUAAAAACACACACUUAUGAUGAUGCCCCUCUAGAACAGUUACCUUCACCAAUGACUACAGAUCUACUAUUCGAAUUAUGGAAUAGUGUUGUAGAGGAUAAUAAUGCUGACCAGUGGAAGACAAACAUGACAGACUCUAGUGAUGUGAAUAUGACCGAAGAAGUCAGUCAAAGAAAUAAUGGAUUAUCUUCAUCCGACCCAAUACUACUAACCUGUGGAACACCUACAAAUAAUUCUGCUUCUACUCCCACCACUGCUGUUACAAAUAAUUCUCGUGAUUCUUCUGGCUUUAACUCGUUUUCAAAAAGUGAUAUCCAAAAUAAAUCUUUACAGAACAGUGAUAUAGUGAAUUUUACAGAGGAUCUUUGUCAUACAGUGAGGAAUUCUACUGGUCACUGUUGUGGUACAGAGAAAUAUGGUUCUUUAUCCACAGUUUCCGUUAGUCCUAGUAUGGUUACAGUUCACUGUGGACGGGAUUAUUCAACAGCAAACGGGGUUCAUAUGUCAGUUCAGUCGUCGAACAAUUUGUAUAUACCUGUUGUAAAGCAUCAACAGGCGAAUAACUUGUCUUCUUCAAUUCCAUCAAAUCAAAAUUUUUUACUACAUCCAGCAUUCUACUCCCAAAAGUCCGCUCAUCAUUCCAAUGCAAGUGUAUCGAACAGCCUGAAUGGCGAGUUGAAUUCUUCAUCACACUCACAUCCUCCUGUCUGGUGUGGUCUCGCGGCGCCGCCGGCGGCGGCUGGUGGUAGUAGUGUUGCAAAUAUUUCAAAUGGAAGUUUUGAUCUGCCAAAGAAUACUCCUCCUACUCCUGCUUCAACUAAUAAGCAGGAUAGCCUCUCACACUACUCUGAGCUGCUUAGUGUAUGCUCAAUAAACUCGGAUUCAGUGUCACAAACGUCGUAUACACCGGCUACAGAGUUGACCGAUACACUUUUCGGAUCAUUCGAUGAUUCUGGUUUAGUGGAAUUAAUGGAUACUACGGAUUCUUCGUCAGUUGGAUCAUUUCCUGUUUCACUGAGUUUAAACUGGUCAAUAGGUACUUGAUGAUGAUCCAUGUUUGAAAUGUGUGUUGGACACUUUUGAAUUCCUUCCUGCUGACAACUUUUUGUGUGAAAAGUUAUUGUCUUCGUAUAAAAAGUAGUCACUGAACUGUCUGUCUUUCUUUGCCACCCCCACCCCACCUCUCUCUGUCUCUCUCUCUCUCUAUUUAUUCAUAUUAUAUAUAGGAUGGAUUAACUAACAUCUCUGAUGAAAUCUCUUAACUAACUCUACUUUGUAUUUAUAGUGUUAUUGCAAUGCCUUCAUAACAACAUGCUUCGCUCCAUCUUAUCGUCCUCUGUUUUUUCCCCCAAGUUGUAUUGUCGAGUUAAGUCUUGAUGUCACAACUUAGACAAACCUAAGAACUAGAGAUUUUUACUAAGUUUAUUUAUUUAUUUAUUCCUCUUCCUAGUGUAUGUUCAUUAUAUACUCGUGUUAUUCACAAUUGAUGUAAAGUAAUUAGGGUUUGGCUUAGACACUCUUCGCGUACACC